AUGAAGAGGAUUGUUGCAUAUGGGGUUUCCCACUUUAUCCUGCUUGUCAUAUACACCAUGAAGGCAAACCACGGAGGCUUGACGAUGUACAAUGUCCUCACAACUACGACACGCAAUAGCACGGCGCACAUCCUCCAUGCUACGUUCCUGAUCUUUCUUAUGUGCUCUCUAACCGGACGGGUGAUAGACGGAGUGUUUGGAAGUCUCAGAUCCGAGGAGAUUGCCAGCUUCAACGAGUCUCUUCUCUACUUCCUGACGGACUUCCUUCUUGUUGUAUCUACAUUUGACAGCGACAUUAACUUCAAGAACGGUCUUCUUUUUGUUAUGCUGCUGUGUGUGAAGUCCCUCAGCUGGCUGCUGGGUGUAAGGAUAAAGAGAGACGUCUACGCUUCUCUGUACACCCUUGCAUAUGGGAUAUCGCUGUUUUCAGGGCUUAUGGCACUUCUGUUUACCCUCUCCUGCAUAUCCUUCAUUGACGGGCAGAUUCUCUUUCUUUUUGAGUAUGCCCUGCUUGUGCUUGCCUCUGUAAAGAACAUUUGCGUCAUGAACCUGAUUCUGUCCGACGACGACGGAAAGAGGUCUCUGCACAACUUCUACAUUGACAUAGCAUACAUGGGCAUUACGCUUCUUGCGUACGUCAUAUUCAUAGGGAUCACGUCCCUCAGUUAUAGACUUCCCUUGAAUCUCUUCCGGUCGGCCCUGACGAUAUUGGAUGCACUGGUUUCGAAGAUCAAGACGUUCCUUAGCUAUCUUAGGCUAUGCAAGGAUCUCGAAAAGUGUGUUGAGGGGUCUGGAGACGGCUUUUGUGCGAUCUGCAUGGAUGGCAUGGAGACUGGCAAGAAGUUGACAUGUGGACACUGUUUCCACCUCGAGUGCCUGAAGAUGUGGUGCGAGCGCCAGCAGACAUGCCCGAUAUGCAAAUCCCCGCUUGCGUUUGACAUGAGGAAGGAAAGCUUUGUUGUAGGAAAUGAGUAUAUAUCUGGGAUUCCUGUGACAAUCGACAACUAG